AUGAUCGCCGCUCUGAAUCCCGCAGUCUCUCAGCAACAGCAGUAUCCAAUGCCUGAUGAUCUCGAGGAAAGGCUUUGCCCUGGUUGUAAACUCUCGGUUGUAUCGGAAGAAGGUGGGCUGGUCGUUGCAUUCGGCCAAUGUUUCUUCCACGUAAACUGCUUUAAAUGCGCCAAAUGUAACGACAAAGUCACUGCAGACACUAAUCUGCUACUGCUCUCCGAUGGCUCUCCAAUCUGCGCCAACUGUUCCUACGCUUGUAACGUCUGUAAACAGCCAAUUCUUGACGAAGCUAUCAUGACCGGUGACGAUGCAUACCAUGCUCAUUGCUUUAAAUGCAAAGUCUGCAAGAACCGGAUUGAUGAACUCGUCUUUGCCAAAACUAGCCAGGGCAUAUAUUGUAUGGAUUGUCAUAACGAGCGUAUGAUAAAGAUUAGGAAACAUACCCAGAAGAAAGCAGAGCGCGAUCGGGAGAGGCAGGCCGCACAGGCAGCCGCGUAUAAUGAACUUGGCGUCGGCGGAGCCAACAAAGGUGGAAGUGUAUCUACUAGUCAUCGCGACAGAGAGCUCAGGGCUAGGGAAAUGCUCGGAAAGGAUACAUCAUCGCAGACCCUUCAAUCAUCUCGCAGCACUGAAUUCUCGCUCAACGGACAUCCAUCUCAUCCCCUUCGUGCACCGCAUGCGAAUAAGGCCUCCGAAUUUUCCCGUAAUAACCAGUCAUCAGUAUUUCACCCACCCCCUCGCACUUCAUCUGUCGAUAGCGCCAGCCAACGCCCUACUCCGUCCAAGAAUCACUCUAUGCCUGUUGCUCUAGAAGAGCCGUCUUUAUCUAAUCACCCUGCAGUUCCUUCACUCUCUGUUCCUCUUACCACUAAUGGCGGUCUUCAUGUCACGUCCACCCGGGACAAGCGCCGCUCAAUUAAUCCGGGAUUGGUUAUCAAGCCACCCGGAGAGCCUUCUACCGCUUCAUCCUCCUUAUCACCAAUCCAACGCGAGCCGCCUUCACCAGUGAAUGACUUAUUCGGCGGCUCUCCAACCUCAGUGAAGGCAACCUCGCCAUUUAGAGAAAACUUUCCAUCCAGUCGACCAUCGUCCGCUGCGUCUAACAAUUCGGCUAAUGUUCAUCGCCAACGUAGUAGGCCGACAUCUGCGAUGUCUUCGUCCUCGGUUGGAGCCGCUACGUCUACAAAUGGAGAUGAAUCAACCGUAACCAUGCGUCCAUCUCCAUCACCACUGCGUCCUACUACACCUCAUGUUUCUUCCUCUACCCGUCCGAAUUCUGCAAAUAGUCUUCAAAAACCGGAAAGAUUCUCCGGGAGAUUGAGUUCUCGUCCUGGCUCUGCUGCCGGCAGGGAUAGACCCCCAUCCCGUGCGGACGUACCGAGAAGCGUAGAAAGCACUACUGAUGAAGACGACGAUGACGAAGAGAAACAGGAAAUAAAAAGUUCUCGCUUCGACCGUGCUCCUCAGCGGUCUAUGACCGAUGACUCAGCCAAAUAUUCUCUAAUUGAUGCUUAUAGCGGAGUGGCAGCAGACUCUACAACGUAUACAGAUAAAGAACCACAUCAGAGGACUUUCAGCGUAGAAAGUGUACCUCCUAUGCCGCCUCCCAAAGAUUCAAAAGUGGGUCCUCCAGCACCUUUGUCGACGCUACCAAAACGGGUGUCUUCCUCUAGUCAUGGUCCAAUCUCCGCAAUGUCAGAUCCUCCUUCCCUAACUCCAGAACCCCAUGCUCUCCUCAGCGUACCUAGUCCCAAAUCUCUUAACACUCCCACUGGUACUGCCGGACUAUCCGUCCCAGUUAUGUCACGGAAUGACUCAUCUCACAGUAACACCAGCGCUUCUACUUCUGGUCCCGGUGAAGUCUCUGACACUGAAACAACCGAAACCACAGCUGAGGAUAAGGAACUUCUAGAUGCAGAGAUUGAAGCCGAGGAAAAUGGUGAAGAGUCAGGCAACCGUGCAACUGCAACUUUCAUUGCACCUGCCCUCCCUCCGAUUCGCUUCUCCCUCAAUGCCGCAGAUUUUUCGGAUCUCUUCACUUCCGUUGGAGGAAACAUGAAUUCACUCAAAAAUUUUGACACGUUGGCUACAGUGGCAGAGAAUCACAGUUCAGAGAGGAAGCUAUGGGAUAUUACUCCUUCGACACCGCCACCAUCUGCUGCGUCAGUCCAGCCGAACACGAUGUCGCAGACUUUAAACGUCCAAUCCGUACGAGUAGUACCAGACUUGCCCGGCCCUGAACCUACAUCAUCGUCAACAUUGAUGCCUGUUCAUAAUGAGUUCUCCUCGAGCGUAUACUCCUCAGCUCAUGAUCCAACAUCCGUUGUUGGAACUGCAGAAGAAAGUGUUCCCAAUUCAGAAGAUGGACAUUCAUCCAAUUCGGAUCAUCAUAGUAAAAAGGAGAAAGGAGGUCUAUUGAGGAAAGUGUCCUUUGGGAAAAGGAAUAAGCUCGACCGCAGUGCAUCGUCGUCAAGAGCUUUGAGAGAAAGGGAAAAGAGAGUCACGGAAGCGAUGCCAGUGCCUUUGAACUCAAAGGCUGGCCUGACAGCUCCUCCUUUGAGCCGAACCAUCUCGGAACCACAAGUCAAAAACAUCUCCGACGAGACGCCACCUUCAACGACAAUCAUGGUUUCACCUCCGGCAGAUGCAAAGGAAGAAGCGAAAGAGCCAAUAUCUGCUGCUGAUCUUGUACUUCAGAGACUUCAGGAUGUAUUAGCUGAUGCGACCGAUCGAGGUGCACAGCAGAUGAAGUUUGAUCGUGGCUUUGUCGAAGCAAUUGUGAACGCCAUGGCAACGAAGAAGGCAGACUACGUGGAGGCCCGGAAACAAAUUGACAGUAUGAAGCGCGCGAGUAAGCAAUAUAUUGACGGUAUCAGUGUGGCGCAGACUGAGUACGACCGCGAAUUGAAAGCCCGUCGCGAUGCAGAAGCAGAAGUCACUCGACUUCGCGUCCUGCUUUCUGGUCAAGCAGCACGAUUGACUGCUUUGACCGGUGACUCGAGAAGACAGGAAUUAAGGCAACAAAUGUCAAAGGAACUCCACGAAAACUUGAAUGGUUUGGAGCGUGACUUGAGCAAACUGAAAGUGGAACGGGACGUCACAUUAGCGGAAGUUGAGGAAUUAAAUGCUGUCAGUCUGUAUCCAGAUGUCCUUGGCGCUAACACUUUCUUCAUUGGCAGUUCUAUUAGCGGUGUUACUUCCGAACCACCUGCUAAUCUCAGUCGUAGCUUGACCAAACGACUCGACAAUCUCAAAAGUCAGUAUCAACGCGAUCUUGUACCCUUAACCCAACAACGUGAGGCCUUAACUCGGGAGGUCAUGGAGCUGAAGGCUGCCCGUGAUGUUUUCUUGGAAGAAACCACUGUGUUGAAUGCACGUAAUGAAGAGCUGGCUCAGCUGAGUGCACAAUAUUCCCGUCGAGUUGCCAUGGCCCCUCCCAAUGCUCCCUCGAACUCGAAUGGAACCGAGACACCUUCUAAAAAUAUUGGGCCCAUGAUCGUAGAGACCCCAGUACGAAUAGAUUCCCGGAAUAUUCAACAACAACAGACCCCACAACAGACGCACCAGUUAUCGGCGUAUUCUUCCGUUGAAGAGUUCGACGCUCGCAAGACUAAAGUGGAGGAAACACAUACACCAUCCCGGGGUCCCGUCAAGGUCUUCAAGUGGGGCUCGAGAGCAAAAGAAGUAUCGGCUCCUAUUGCUCAGUCAGUCACAGAGAAAGUUAAGAUAGGACAUAUGGAACAUAGCUUUCAACCGUUAAGUCUGCUACGCUUUACGCGAUGUGACCACUGUGGAGAGAAGAUGUGGGGCUCUCAGCUGCGUUGUAUGGGAUGUAGCAUUUCUGUGCAUACGCGUUGUGUGAACCAAGUACAUUCGGCUUGCUCUCCACAAACACAUAAUUCGAAUGGUGGUGGUAAUAAUGAGGAUUCUCAGCUUCUACCACCAUCAAUGUUCGGUCGAGAUCUGAUAGAGCAAGUCCUGGCUGAUGCUAAAGGCGGUUCAAGAAAGGUGCCUGUCAUUGUCGAAAAGUGCAUAGAAGCAGUUGAGAAGUUAGCAAUGGACUAUGAAGGCAUCUACCGAAAGACUGGUGGGUCUGGGCAAUCCCGAAUAAUCACACAACUUUUCGAGCGUGGAGACUACCAAGCAUUUGACCUUUUGGACUCGGAUCGCUUCAACGACAUUUGCAGCGUCACAUCCGUGCUGAAGACUUACCUUCGUUCACUUCCUGUACCACUACUUACGCAUGACCUACAUGAUCAAUUCAUGUCUGCAGUCGAAAUUCGGGAUCCUGUCUUGAAGAACAGUACAUUGACCGAAUUGGUGAACAAUCUUCCCCCAGAGCAUUAUCAUACAGUACGAAUGUUGAUGCUGCACCUUAAUCGAAUAUGUCAGCUUUCAGAGGUCAACCUGAUGAACGCCCGUAACCUUGGAGUCGUUUUUGGCCCUACUUUAAUGAGGUCGCGAAAUCCCGGCGCGGAGUUUAGUGAUAUGGCAGGCAAAGCAUUAUCAAUCGAAUGGUUGGUCGAAAGUGCACCACAGGUGUUCAAUACACCAACGGACCUAUAA